GAGGUCCACAUGUUAUUGUUUUAAGUCGGACAGUGACACAACAUAAACUGUCAGCACCCGGCAAUCCUCAGCUCAACCUUACAACUUAAAUUAGCUACUUUCUCACUUACGUUUACAUUUUUUAUUGUCUCUAGCCUUUGUUUAUAUGCGUAACAAUUCAACGCUUUGCUUUAUGUAACUCUUUUUUAUCAAAGUUUUGUUUGGGUGUGAGUCAGCUUACUUUAUGCAAGGUUAGCUGCAGUUUUUUUUAAAAAAAAAAUUGAAGUAAUUCCGUUGUGUAAUCAUGGAGCAAACUGGUCCUUACCCGGUGAAAGUGUAUAUUUACGACCUGUCCAGAGGAAUGGCCCGCCAGCUGAGUCCUCUCAUGCUAGGGAAACAGAUUGAUGGGAUAUGGCACACUGCUAUUGUGGUCCAUGGAAAGGAGUUCUUCUUUGUUGGAGAGGGCAUCAACAGUUGCUCACCUGGUAGCACUCCUUUAGGGGAGCCUGACUCCGUGGUGGACCUGGGCUCCACUGAGGUGCCUGCAGAGAUCUUUAUGGACUAUCUGACUUCACUGGCAGAGUCUACAUACAGAGGUGACAAGUACAACUUGUUUGAACACAACUGCAACACCUUCACCAAUGAGGUGGCUCAGUUCCUCACGGGCAAAAAGAUCCCAUCGUACAUCACAGACCUUCCAUCAGAAGUUCUAGCCACGCCUUUUGGCCAGGCUCUCCGUCCCUUAUUGGAUUCCAUCAUCAUAAAUCCUGGAGGCAACAACAUAACUGGACAGCGGUAGACAGGGUUGAACAUAUGAAAGAAAAUAUUUGUAUUUAAGGGUUUGGGUGAGAAUGGGACAUUCACCACCAGCCAGACCUUUAUAACAUUUGUGCCUGUGGAUGAUUCGUUGAUAUAUGCUACCAGUCACUUUUCCAGCUAACCACUCAUCAUUUGGAAGCUCUUCUACACAUUCUACCUGAUCUAUAUAAUGUUUUAACAUAUACCAGCCUCUGUGGCCAGUGAACUAAAAAGAUUUCUACUGGUUGGGGAUGUGACAGCUAUAUUAGUUGCAGCUACACAUGUGUGCUCAUUAAAGGACCAGUGUGUAAGAUUUAGGGGAUUUUAUUGCCAGAAAUGGAACAUAAUAUUCAUAAAUAUGUUUUCAGUAGUGUAUAAUCACCUGAAAAUAAGAAUUGUUGUGUUUUCGUUACCUUA